CAAAAUUUUAAUUUUUUUCCCAUACCAAUUAUUGAGGCAGAAAAUUGAAUUGUUGAUUUUAUAAUUUUCGUUUCUCAUAACGUAUUAAACAGCAGUGAUAAUUAUUUCUUGUAACAAUUGUUUUUCUCUUCAUUUUACCAUCCCUAAUGGCCUAAUCAACUCAAACUACUCACUCUUUUUCCACUAAAUCUGGUUUACAGUUUGUUUACGACAUCCUUCGAAAACUUGCUUUCUACACUGCUCUUCACCCAUCUAAUUUCCCGUCAUGUCAACCGGAAGAGUGAAGACCAGAGUUCAAAAAGGAGAGAUAAUCGCAUACAGUGAAUCAGCAGUGCGGAACAAUGCAGCCAUUGUGAAAUACUGUCGAACAUCAAUGGCAGCACUUUCAGGGAGCACAGCAGGAUUGUUAGGAUUAACUGGAUUCUAUGGUUUUGGCUUCUAUGUUUUUUCAGUACUAGGAUUGUGGGUCAUGCUGCUGAUGAAAGCUGGAACUCAGUGGCAAAAGUUCUUUAUCAAUCGAAGAUCAUUGUUAACUCAUGAUUUCUUCGGAUCUCUAUUUACUUAUGUUUUGUUCUGGACGUUCUUAUAUGGAAUGGUGCACGUCUACUGAUUGCAGCAAGCGGAAUUUUUUGGAUGAAUUCAACCUUCAAUGAAUUCAACCUCAGAUUUUUAUAUCAGUCAUUAUUUUUUGUUCCUUCUCUGUUUUCAUUAUAUCAAUUUUGUAUCUACAUGCUAUUUUUUACUAUUAAAGAACCAUCUUUUACCAUAC